CCUGGCACUGCUCUUAAAUGGAACCCAACCGUGUUCACCAUUUCAUCUCCUUUUCUCGAAUUUUACACAUCUCUCCUUUUUCUCUCACUUUUUUAAACCCUAAUUUGGUUUCCCCUCUUGAAUUCUCCCUUCCUCUCUCUGCAGGAACUCUAAUUUGUGCUAUGGCUGCACCUUUCAGUGAUAACACACCUCCCCUCCUAAGUAGCUCAAGUAGUUUUAGUAGGACGGGAUCAGAAUCCUCUAUAAACCCUAGUUCUUUUCAAAAUGCUACUUUUACUUCGGAAUCGAGUGGCCAUGAAAGAGAGCUUGAGGAGUUAGGGUUUCAGCGAUCAGAAAUGUAUCAGCUCCCGUUGGUAGGGACUGUUGAUUCAUAUGAAAGGCACUUGUUUCUCUGUUACAAGAACCCUGAAUCAUGGCCUUCUCAUGUCGAGGCUUCUGAGUUUGAUAGACUUCCUCGCCUUCUUGCUGCUGCUAUCAAAUCAAGGAAAAAUGAUAUAAAAAAGAAGACUCGCUUGACCAUAUGUGAGGGACGUGAUGGAACUGAGGCUUCUAAUGGAGAUGUCUUGAUUUUCCCAGAUAUGAUCAGAUAUAGGGGUUUGACUCACUUUGAUGUUGAUUCUUUUGUCGAAGAUGUGAUUGUGAAAGGCAAAGAGUGGCUCUCAAGAACUCCUGAUGUAUUAACCGGAUCGCAUGUAUUUGUAUGCGCUCAUGGUAGUCGAGAUCGAAGAUGUGGGUUUUGUGGGCCUGUUCUAGUCAAAAAAUUUAAAGAGGAGGUUGAAGCACGACAGCUUAGUGGCCAAGUCUUUAUCAGCCCAUGCUCACACAUUGGGGGGCAUAAAUAUGCAGGGAAUGUGAUCAUAUUUUGUUUGAAUAUUGGUGGGGAAGUUACAGGCCAUUGGUAUGGCUAUGUUACUCCAGCCGAUGUCUCUGUUCUGCUUGACCAACACAUGGGGAAGGGAGAAGUUGUGGAUCGCCUAUGGAGGGGUCAGAUGGGUUUAUCGAAAGAGGAGCAAAAGAGAGCCCGGGACCAGAGGCUACAAUUGAUUGGCAACAAAGCUUAUGCUAAUGGUAUCUUCCCGGAGAAGACUGAGAAAGAAUGCAAUGAAAGGCCUCCUCAAAUCAAUGGCGUGAGUUGUUGUGGAGAAAUUGGCAAGACUUCUUGCUGCCAAGAUGGGAAGCCACAGGAGGUUCUUACCGCCCUUGGGAGCGACAAGAAGGCGGCAAGGAGCUCCAUUAAGAAUAAGAGCACCAGAGGCAAAAUAGACCUUUUUCCUUGGCUUGAUACAUGGGAAAGAGAGGAUACAUUUGCUGCCCUUGCAGUCAUUGGGGCUGUAGCUUCUGUUACUGUUGCUUAUUGCAUCUACAAGAGGUCACACUGAAGCAGUGCCAUGUUAAAAGAGGUUUUUAUGCAUUUUGGAAUGGAAAAACCCUUUGUAUGAGCAAGUUGAGUGUAAGAAAAAUGAAUGAUGUUUUUUUUUUGUAUGGGCAAUAUAUCAGUAUUCUUUGUAGGUUAGGUCUUGAGUUUUAAAGGGAUUUUUCUUUUGCUAGUAUGAGCAGGUUGAUUGUCCCUCAGACUUGGUUUAGUCUGAAGUCCAAACUUAAUGUAAAAAUGUUAUUCUCCCAUAAUAAAAGUAUUGUUAUAUGAUCA